GACAACAUGGCGGUCUCCAUCAUGUACAGCCGGCUGUCAGCGGGACUGAGGAGCCGGGCGCCCCGGGCCGCCCUCGGCUCUGCCGUUCAGGUGCUCAGUGGAUUUCCUGGACUUUUUGGUGGUCAUGGCUUGCAAGCACAACAGCAGAGGAACCUUUCACUGCAUGAGUAUCUUAGCAUGGAUCUGUUGAAAGAUGCUGGAAUUGCCAUACCAAAGGGCUUUGUUGCAAAAACACCAGAGGAGGCUUAUUUAGUUGCAAAAGAAAUAGGUUCGAAAGAUCUGGUUGUAAAAGCGCAAGUGUUGGCUGGUGGCAGAGGUAAAGGUACCUUUGAAGGUGGUCUUAAAGGAGGAGUGAAGAUUGUUUAUUCUCCAGAAGAAGCCAAAGACAUUUCCUCACAAAUGAUUGGGAAGAAACUAUUUACAAACCAGACAGGAGAAAAGGGCAGGAUAUGCAAUCACGUAUUUAUUUGUGAGCGACGAUAUCCCAGGAGGGAGUACUACUUUGCAAUCACCAUGGAGAGAUUUUUUCAAGGUCCUGUGCUGAUUGGAAGCUCCCAAGGAGGUGUUAAUAUUGAAGAUGUUGCUGCUGAGAAUCCAGAUGGCAUUUUAAAGGAGCCCAUUGAUAUUGUGGAAGGUAUCAAGAAAGAGCAGGCUGCCAGGCUUGCUGAGAAAAUGGGCUUCCCGGCAAAUAUAAUAGAUGAGGCUGCACAGUGUAUGGUCAAUCUGUAUAAUCUGUUUAUGAAAUAUGAUGCCACAAUGGUGGAAAUAAAUCCAAUGGUGGAAGAUUCAUCAGGAAUAGUUAUGUGCAUGGAUGCAAAGAUCAAUUUUGACACUAAUGCAGCAUAUCGCCAGAAGGAAGUGUUUGAUCUCAGGGACUGGUCACAAGAAGACGAACGAGACCAACAAGCAGCAAAGGCUGACCUCAACUACAUUGGACUGGAUGGCAACAAUGGAUGUCUUGUGAAUGGAGCUGGUUUAGCAAUGGCUACAAUGGAUAUAAUAAAAGUUCAUGGAGGAACACCAGCAAAUUUCCUAGAUGUUGGAGGAGGUGCCACGGUUCACCAAGUAACAGAAGCAUUUAGACUAAUUACGUCUGAUAAAAAGGUUCUAGCUAUCCUGGUUAAUAUUUUUGGUGGCCUUAUGAGAUGUGAUGUUAUUGCGCAAGGCAUCAUAAUGGCUGUGAAAGACCUUGAACUGAGGGUGCCUAUUGUUGUCCGUUUGCAAGGUACAAGGGUUGAUGAUGCCAAAGCACUGAUAACUGCCAGCGGUCUGAAAAUUCUUGCUUGUGAUGACCUUGAUGAAGCUGCAAAAAUGGUUGUAAAGCUUUCAGAAAUCGUAUCAUUGGCAAAACAAGCACAAGUGGAUGUGAAAUUCCAGUUAUCAAUCUAAAGCUUCCCAAAAAGAAUUUUGUUGAAUUUGAACAUUUUUUGUGUUUUUUUUUUCUCUCUCCUUUUUCUUUCUAAACUUUAAUUAAAUGCUUUAUGACUGUAAAAUAGUUUGUGUUUAAACUGAGUUGCUGCUCUUUAAAUCAUUGUCACUUUACAUAUG